CUUCCAGAGGUGCCAGUGGAGCCAGUGGAGCCAGGGGAGCCAGGGGAGCCAGGGGAGCCAGGGAGCAAGCGGAGCCAGGGGAGCCAGCGGAUCCAGGGGAGGCCAGGGAGCCAGGGGAGCCAGGGAGCCAGGGAGCCAGGGGAGCCAGCGGAGCCAGGGGAGCCAGGGGAGCCAGGGAGCCAGCGGAGCCAGGGGAGCCAGGGAGCCAGGGGAGCCAGGGGAGCCAGCGGAGCCAGGGAGCCAGGGAGCCAGGGAGCCAGGGGAGCCAGGGGAGCCAGGGGAGCAACGGAGCCAGGAGCCAGGAGCCAGGGAGCCAGCGGAGCCAGGGAGCCAGGCGCAUCAGCCUCACAGCCUCCCAGCCAGGCAGCCUCACAGCUCUCAGCCUCCACAGCCUCUCAGCCUCUACAGCCUCUCAGCCUCCACAGCCUCUCAGCCUCCCCAGCCUCCACAGCCUCCCAGUCGGGCAGCUUCCAGAGGUUGCAGUGGAGCAGUGGAGCCAGGGGAGCCAGGGGAGCAGGGGAGCCAGGGGCAGCGAGCCAGGGGAGCCAGCGGAUCCAGGGGAGCAGGGAGCCAGGGGAGCCAGGGGAGCCGGGAGCAGGGGAGCCAGGGGACGCCAGCGGAGCCAGGGGAGCAGGGGCAGCAGGGGAGCUAGCGCGGAGCCAGGGGAGCCAGGGGAGCCAGGGGAGUCAGCGGAGCCAGGGAGAGGGGGAGCCAGGGGAGCCAGGGAGCCAGGGGAGCCAGGGGAGCCAGGGAGCAGCGGGCCAGGGGAGCCAGGGGGCCAGGGGAGCCAGCGGAGCGCAGGGGAGCCAGCGAGCAGGGGAAGCAGGCGGCAUCAGCCUCACAGCCUCCGCAGGAGCCUCACAGCCUCGUCAGCCUCCACAGCCUCUCAGCCUCUUUACAGCUCUCAGCCUCCACAGGACUCUCAGCCCCCGCCUCACAGCCUCCGUCGGGCAGGAAGACGGUGUGGACCACACAGAUUUUAGUGACAUAGAACCGUUUAACGGCAUGGCUGAAAGCCAGGCCAAGCAGCCCAGAACGGAACUGGCAGGGAACUAG